AAUGCCAGCUGAGCUAUGCAAAAAAUCGGUAGAUCAACAGAAUAUCGUACAAUCUCAUUUAUUUAUCAACAAAGUAUCAUCAAAUAAAUUAUCUUAUUCUGUUCAACCUAUUCAACCCGAAAUAAUUAGACUUUGUGGUUGCUUAGAACAAUACCUUCCUGCCGAUACCCUAACUAAGCAGGUUUUAGUUACGUUGGGAAAUUCUCGUCAACAUCCAAUUUACUCCGUCCAAACGCCAAAUCUAUUAACGAAUCAGGAUUUAAUAGGCCUACUACAAGUUCUUAUCAAUACUGACAAAUAUGGAAAACCCUUGCCAAGAAUUCUCUCAACAACAAAUGGCAAAUACUGUAGUAAAUCUUCAGAUAUCAAAACACCGUUUAAAGCUGUUAAAAAUUCUGAGUUGGAUGGGAUUAAGCAAAAAUUCCUUCCCGAAGAUUCGGAUCACGAAAGAUUUGUUCGAAAGGUUAGAAUAAGAUUGUUCGAGGAGACCCCUAUUCCAAUGAAAUUGAUGUUGUACGAAAAUGCAGUACCAAUUGUAGAAAAAGCGUAUAAAAGUUACGCUCAAAUUUUGGGCUCGAACCAUCCAAUAACUCGCGAGGCCAAAAUGCAUUUACAACUAAUAAAGAAAACAAAAAAUAUCCUCGCAUCCUUGUGA